UAGUAGAAACCGGAAACAGUAUUUUCUUCUCUGGUGCGAUCACCUUGAGGAACACACAUGUAAAAUUACAGAUGUUAUGAUUGUCACUUUUACACUUGAUCGCAGCUUAUGACAGGAGCUGAAUAAUGGCGAAGUAUCUGGCUCAGAUCGUGGUGAUGGGAGUGCAGGUCGUCGGCAGGGCUUUCGCUCGGGCUUUACGGCAGGAGUUUGCAGGCAUUCAGGCUGCGGCAGAGGCGAGAGGACGGGCAGGUAAGCAGUCGGCUGCAGUUUCCAGUUUCACUGGGAUGAGUCUACAGGAAGCACAGCAGAUUCUGAAUGUAGCAACACUAAACCCAGAGGAAAUCCAGAAGAAUUAUGAACAUUUGUUCAAAGUAAAUGACAAAACUGUCGGAGGAUCUUUCUACCUGCAGUCUAAGGUGGUGAGAGCUAAGGAGCGUCUUGAUGAAGAGAUUGCAAUUGAGAAGCAAGACAAACCACCAGCGCAGGAACAGACACAAACAUGAUUGAUUUUGUUCAUUUCUUUCCCUCUGACCCUCCAUUGUAAAUAAUGUCCUAAAUAAAGCUUCAUCCUUUUCUUUA